GAAGAGUCCAUAAAGUUGGUGUUGCGCGGCAUAUCGGAGAAGAAGAAGAAGAAGAAGAAGAGGACGAUGGAGGGAAGCGAAGAAGAUCAUCCAUGGCAGUCUUACAACACUGUCUACACAACCGCCAAAGCAGGAAUGGAGGGGGUUGACAAGGAUAAAGUGCAAAGGGUAGUUUACGAAAUGAGUAAAGGAUCCAAAUAUUUUCAGAAUGAGGAACGCAAAGAGGCUUUCAUCAAACACAAAAUCGACAACAUGAGACUUCAAUUUGCAAACCUUACCCAAGCUGAUUUAUCCCAUUACCAGAAGGUUGCUGAUAGAAGGAUUCUUGAGCUGGAAGCGUCGCGUGACCUUUCAAGGAUUUGGUUACAUGUAGAUAUGGAUGCUUUCUAUGCAGCAGUUGAGACUUUAAGUAAUCCUACCUUAAAGGGAAAGCCAAUGGCUGUCGGUAGCAUGUCUAUGAUAUCUACCGCCAAUUAUGAGGCCAGGAAAUUUGGGGUUCGUUCUGCCAUGCCUGGGUUCAUUGCACGGAAGCUAUGUCCAGAGUUAAUCUUUGUCCCAGUAGAUUUCAACAAGUAUAAUCAUUACAGUGAUUUGACCAGAAAAGGUAUUCUUUGUAUUGUGGCUUUUCCUUUAAUUACGGAUGGUAGCUUAAUAUGCACUUGUCUGUUAGUUUUUCAGAGGUAUGAUCCCAAUUUCAUUGCUGGUAGCCUGGAUGAAGCAUACCUUGAUAUAACUGAAGUUUGCAGAGAAAGGAAUGUCAAAAGUGAAGAAAUUGCUCAAGAAAUCAGAGCCAGUGUUUAUGAAGAGACCGGUCUCACAUGUAGUGCUGGAGUGGCACCAAAUCGCUUACUUGCUAAGGUUUGCUCAGACAUAAACAAGCCAAAUGGACAGUAUGUUUUACCAAAUGACCGCUUGGCUGUUAUGACUUUCAUAUCCUCCCUUCCUAUCAGAAAGAUUGGGGGCAUUGGUAAGGUCACUGAACAAAUUUUGAAGGAAGUUUUUGGAAUAAACACAUGUGAGCAGAUGCUGGAUAAGAGUAGCUAUCUGUGUGCUCUUUUUUCUCAGUCAACAGCAGAUUUUUUUUACUCUGUGGGUUUAGGUUUGGGAAAGACAGAUUCCCCCCAAGUAAGAUUUCGGAAAAGUAUCAGCAAUGAGAGGACGUUUUCUGUCACUGAGGACGAAGUGCUGUUGCAUAAAAAAUUGGCGGAGCUUGCUGAAAUGCUAUCCACAGACAUGCAAAAAGAGGGUCUGCAAGGGCGAACAUUGACUCUUAAACUGAAAACUGCUUCUUUUGAGGUUCGAAAUAGAGCCGUGACUUUACAAAACUACAUCAACUCUAGUGAGGAUAUUUUGAAGCAUGCAUCAAAAUUGCUGAAAGCUGAACUUCCGGUUUCAGUAAGAUUAAUGGGCCUUAGAGUAUCUCAGUUUAAUGGAGAAAAGUUUGGUGCUACACCUGAUCCUAGACAGAAGACUAUUACCAAUUUCAUUACUUCAGGAGGCGCCAAUAGGAAAAAUAGUUCUUUUUCAGAUGUUGCGGAUCAUGACUUUGUCAGUGAUACAGAAACUGAUGUUUCCAUUGACGGUAGGCACACAGAUCAGCUUGAUGGCAGAGAUCCUUUUGAUGGUAAUCAUUCAUUAGAUGUAAAUUACCAAAGCUGCACUCUCUGGAAAAAUGAUGGUGCAGAGAAGGUGCAAACUUCUGACAAUGAUGACCCAAGUUCUACUCACAGUGGAUUUACAGAGGUUCUGGGAUCAACUUCUUUCCAGGGACAGUUCGAGGGCAAAAAUGUGAAUAAUGAGUUUAAUCUCCUGGAGGAUGAUAAACUUAAUUCUUCUUGUCAGGAAUCGAUAAUGUUGUGGUUGGAUGACUAUAAAUGUUCACUCUGUGGAACAGAACUUCCUCCAAGUUUUGUCGAGGAAAGAUUAGAGCAUUCUGAUUUCCAUUUUGCUGAAAAGCUUCAAAAGGAAGAAUCUAGUAUUCAUCCAGCAUCCACUCCAAUUCAAAGUCAGGAUCAGAAGCACAGAAUCAAUAGACAAAGCAAAUCCAAGAAGCAAAAGUUGUCGCAUAAGGAGGGCAGGUAUACGCCCAUUGAUCAGUUUUUUGUUAGAGAGUAAUCAAAGCUUGAAGUUAUUGUAAUGUUAUGUAUGCAGUUCUGUACAGAAUAAACUCAGUAUAUGGCAGUUAUUAUUGUAUAAUAAUUUGUAUGUUCUUUUCUCAUGUGAUAUGUUAUUAUAUACGAUACGAUUUCUAAGUUACUACUUACUAGGAUCAACCUAGUAGCAAGUGAUUGGGUAGGUUAAAACUUAAAACUGCAUUACAUUCAUUGUACACAAGAAAACAUGUAUAAUAUUUCAAUAAGUAUAUAUUAUAUUCUUGUAUAAGAUAAUAUUCGUGGGUUA